AUGAGACCUCAAGCUAUCUUGCCAGAUGCCCUUUCCGCUGUGGGUGAGACGCCGCUCAUUCAACUGAACCGGAUCCCACAGUCGGAAGGCAUCAAGUGCAAUGUCAUGGUCAAGUGCGAGUUCUUCAACGCUGGUGGCAGCGUCAAGGACCGCAUCGCACGUCGCAUGCUCCUUCAAGCUGAGCAGGACGGUACCCUCAUCCCCGGCAAGUCCAUCGUCAUCGAGCCCACCAGUGGCAACACGGGUAUUGGUCUGGCUCUCGCCUGCGCCAUUCGAGGCUACCGUUGCAUCAUUGUGCUUCCCGAAAAGAUGUCCGCCGAGAAGGUCAACACGCUUCGUGCUUUGGGCGCCGAAGUCAUUCGCACUCCUACCGAGGCCGCUCACGAUGAUCCUCGUUCCAACAUCAUGACCGCGCGUCGUCUCGCAAAGACCAUGCCCGACGCCGUCAUCUUGGACCAGUACAACAACCCCAACAACCCCACCGCCCACUGGGCUACCGCCGAAGAGAUCAUCGAAGCCAUCCAGGCCGGUCCCGCUCCUCCUUCCUCCACUUCACUCCUGCACGGCAUGGCUGGCCUUUCCCUCGACAAGGAGCCCCUUGACUCGGCCGCCUCGGCUCGUCCUCUCACCCCGGACUCGAACCGCGGCGCCGACGAGCUCAACGGCUCUACCCAGACUUUUUCGGACAAGGUGGACGUCUUCAUCGCCGGCGUCGGUACCGGCGGUACCAUCAGCGGCAUCGCCUCGCGCCUCAAGCGUGCCGACCACAACCCGAACUGCUUCGUGCUCGGUGUGGACCCUAUCGGAUCCGAUCUGGCUCUGCCCGCCACGCUCAAUGCUCUUCCUGAGGGCAGUGAUGGCUCGUACAAGGUCGAAGGCAUUGGCUACGACUUUGACCCCAACACGCUGAACAAGAAGGUCAUUGACGAGUGGUACAAGACCGAGGACGAGCAGAGCUUCGUCUACGCGCGUCGUCUGAUCAAGGACGAAGGCAUCCUUGCCGGAGGCUCUUCGGGUGCCGCUGUCAACGCCGCUAUCAACUGGCUCAAGCCCGGCGGUGCUGGCUACGACAAGUUUGGUUCCAAGUCGGGUCUCAACGCUGUCGUUGUUCUGCCCGACAGCAUUCGCAACUACAUCACCAAGCCGUGGUUGGUUUCGGAUGCCAAGCCAGAGCUCCGCGAGGCCGAGAUCGACUUUGCCAACUUCCAGUAG